AUGUAUUUCCCGACAUCCGCUGCAAGACAACUUUCUACAGUCUCCGCUUUACCCGAUGCCCCGCCAGAGCCCGUUCUAUGUUUUUCAGCCAGUCCCCGCAAACUGCUAUUCUGCACCUUGACCAGAACCACAUUGACCGUCUGGCGUGUCCGUCCGUCCACUGUGUUGGCAUGUCUGUCCCGAACUUCCCAGUCUUUGGAUGAGCAUGGUGAGAAUUUGUCGGCGACGUGGUCACCAGACGGUAGCAGAAUCAUUAUUCAGACCACUUUAUCGUACCUCGUCCUUGUCACCGUGGACUACAUCCCAGAUGCACCCGUCUAUCAGGCACCAGCAUUUGGCUCCAAUGCACAGCGUAACUUUCUUGCUGGAGCAGGCGAGGGUCUACCCCUACAGUCACUCAGUCUUGCCUUUGAAGGUGUGAUUCGUGUAGAUGGUAAUUUACUCAGUGUAUCACCUCGCAAGAAUUGCAUUCUGUUUUCUACCAAGAACCCUUCAGCUGUUCAACGUAUACCAUGGCCCAUAUAUGACGAGAGUGACGGAGAAUUUGAGGAGCAAUCCGCAAAGAAACUAUUGAUUGAGGAAGAAACGUGGACGGUAUGCGAGCGCGAAUUCCCUUGGCUGGUUGAUUCUAGUGUCACCGUCACCAAAAUUUCGCACUUGGCCACUGGACUAGAGACCUGGGUUACCUCUGAUGGGAGAGCCUAUUUUGUCCGACUCCAUGACAGCAUACAAUUCAAGGAUGGGCUUAAUGGACAAGAGUACGCGCACAACGACCAAACAAGCGCCUCCAUAAAUAGGAGGUCUUCGUCACCCGAGAGAAAUACUUCCGCUCAACGACAUUAUCAAUGGCAGGGAACCUGUAUUCACAAUUACGAAGUUCCUCGAUGGGUACAGAAGCGACGUCAGACUGAAGAUGACGAGUCUUCUGGUGCUAGCCCGCUUUACGUGGAACCUCGUCGGGCCACAACGGUCGCUGUCAAUGAAAAGUUCUCCCUCAUUGCUAUCGGUACCCAGGGUGGUGCUGUUGAGUACAGUAGCUUCCCUGCUCCAGAUGGAGUGACUCCCAAGGCACAGGUGAUCAAAAUUACGAACCCACACAACAGAGAGAGUGGUGCAGUGUUGUCUAUGAAGUGGAGUUCUGAUGGAUAUGUCUUGGCUGUGGGAUGUCAGAAUGGCUGGGCAAUUUUCAGUGUUGGCGGCCGUUGCCUGGCUCAAGGGUUUGGUGUUGAUGAUAGGAUUGACGUGGAGAAGUUCCAAGACACUUUCAUGUGCGGUAUUCGAGAUAUGUUUUGGUCCCCGGGCAAUUUUGAACUGCUUGCGCUGGCGCAUCCAUCCGAUAAUAGUGUAGAUGGACAGAUAUUUGUUAUACCCUUCGCCAAGAGUGCUACAACUGGCCAGCAUUCUCCUGAUAACACCCGUUAUGCCUUUUUGCAAAUGGACGACCGUGCCCUUGUCUACAGGGGUGUAGAUCAGCCAGACAUGAGCGUGAUCAAUCCAGAAUCAGACGUUUGGCAACAUAUCAAGAUCCCUCAAGCCUAUCUAGCAAGCAACUGGCCUAUUCAAUAUUCAGCGCUCAGUAAUGACGGUCGUCUCAUUGCUGUAGCAGGGCGACGAGGCCUCAUACAUUACAGCUCCAGCUCAGGUCGCUGGAAGCUCUUCGCGGAUGUGAUACAAGAACAAGCGUUUGCUGUGAAAGGUGGAUUGCUCUGGUUUCAUCAUGUUUUGAUCGCGGCCGUCGAAGUUUCCAAGUCACACCAGAUUCGGCUUUAUUCUCGAGAUAUGGAACUCAGCAACCAAAAUGUGCUGCAUCGAGAGACCGUAUCUUCUGCAGUGGUCAUCCUUUCCCUUGUCGAUAACUCACUGCUGGCAUAUACGGCCGACAACAUGCUCACACAUUAUCUAAUCGUCCCUACCGACGAUACCAUCAAACUACAUUUGUGCGGUAGUAUCAGCUUUAAUGGUAUUAUUGCAGCUCCCAGCGCUGUCAGAGUGCUGAGUUGGAUGAUUCCAAGCGCCCAAAAACAGCUUGGAGAUCCUGUGGACGACCUUGCCGUUGCGACUGUAUUGAUGAUGGUAGGCGGCCAGCUCGUCUUGCUCCGACCAAGAAAAGCUGGGAAUCAAGAAGUGAAAUAUGACAUGCAGAUAUUUGCUGACCGGAUUGAGUUCUGCUGGAUACAUCUACGGGGCAUCGGUGCGCUAGAAAAUUCACUGUGGGCAUACGACGGUCAAGGGAUCAGAGUUUGGUUAAAUGCUCUCGCUAUUGAAUCGUUCCCUUCAAGUGAUCGAGUUCAACAGAGCGUCAAAGAGAGCGUCAACAUCCCUCUUCAAUUCUAUCCCCUCUCUCUCCUCAUGGAUAAAGGUAUCAUUAUUGGAGUUGAGCACGAGGUCGGUAUGCGAAUGAAUCUGCCAUUUGUGAGGUUCAGGCACGGCACUAGUUCCCAUCUGUUCCUUCAUCACGUCCUUCAAUAUCACUUGGAAUCAGGCCAAGUCAAAGAGGCAGUUCUUCUCGCAUCUCACUAUGAACAUCUCGUAUUUUUCGCUCACGCCCUUGAAAUCCUCCUACACACUGUCGUAGAGUCGGAAAGCACUGUUGAAUUCGACAGCGAUGGUACGAGUAAUGGGAUAGGUGGAUCAAGGACUCUGUCUUCCGUGAUUGAAUUCUUGGACCACUUUGACGCGGCAUUGGAUGUCGUAGUAGGAUGUGCACGUAAAACGGAAAUGACUCGAUGGAAACGGCUGUUUGAUGUCGUUGGGAAUCCGCAUAGUCUUUUCGAGACUUGCCUCGCGUCCAAAAGAUUGAAGACUGCAGGUUCUUACUUGCUAGUACUUCAUAAUAUGGAACAACUGGACGAAGAGAACCAAGACGCCAUUCGGUUAUUACAAAGUGCUAUUGAAGCGAAGGACUGGCAGCUUUGUCGAGAGCUGUUGCGCUUCUUGCAAUCUAUUGAUGAUAGUGGUAAAGCCUUGAGCCAUGCACUGUCAGAGACGAAGAUACUGGACAGUAACGUUCUUUAAUCACUGUCACAUCGGACCAUUCCAUAUUCCAUAUUCUGUAUUAUAUAAGGAAUAAUGUACCAUAGUUACCACCAACGCACAUGUGGGUCGUAGCAGGGAAAGAAUGUCUAUGGUUAGUAUAGGGGCUAUUGGAACCUGCUCAGUGGUCACGUUUUUAUCUGACAUUUCCUAAAAGUAAUUAGUAACUGCCGGUGCCAGUGUGACUGACCUCACCGGUGCUUAUUUGGUUCCUCGUAACUUGAGCUGUUAUCAUCUGCUUAGUUUGUAACUUACAAGGUGAACGAGAAGACUCAGAAAUCGAUAUGGCGAGAAGCAUACUCAAUCGCACAUUAGCGAGGCUAUCCCUAACUCGUUGUGUGCAGAUGUCAACUUCAUCUAGUCAACGGCAAGCUGUGGAUGUGAUUUCGAUCUCUUAUCCCACAUUGGUGUCUUCUCCAUUGUCUCUUACCACAUCUAUUGAACAAGCCUUCGGAUCGCAUCCGCAAUCUUUGGGCAUCAUUCUAGUCAAGGAUCUCCCUGAAGCUUAUACGUCUUAUAGACAGAACCUUUUGAAGCUUGCAUACCGUUUUGCAGACCUGGAUGAGCAAACGAGGGAGAAAUAUGCAGAUCCUAAGACUUCCUACAGCUUUGGAUGGUCUCACGGGAAGGAGAUAAUGAAUGGGAAACCUGGUAUUCCUAUGCAUAUGCUGUGAAUGUAGCAUCGUAACGUUUUAAUUAAUUCGCUUUAGACACGCUCAAGGGGUCAUAUUACGCAAAUCCAGUAGUCGACUCGCCCAACGUGCCUCUGGAGCUUAGCCAGGCUUAUCCUGAGUACUAUGGGAAUAAUAUCUGGCCAAACAAGGAUGAACAAGGCAUCGAAGGGUUUGAAUAUGCUUUUAAAUCUCUGGGAAAGUAGGUGCUAGUCUUUUAUGUAGAAGUAGGUGACGCAAGUUGUACAUUGGCAGAUUCAUCUUCAAUGUGGGAUGUCAACUAGCUGCUGCUUGCCAGCCCUUUGUUGCCGAGCACAUGCCAAACACCUCGAUAUCCCUUUCUCAACUCAUCGGCGAUUCGCAAACGACGAAAGCACGCUUACUACAUUACUUUCCACCGUCACAGGAUAGCUCCAAGUCAGCAGAAGAAGCUCUUGAUAGUUGGUGUGGGUUUCAUCUCGAUCAUUCUCUUCUAACUGGUCUUUGUUCGGCUAUGUUUCUCCGCGAGGAAGCUGGUAAAGAACCAACUGUCGUUCCAUCGCCAUCCCCUACGUCGGGGCUAUACAUUCGCAAUCGUGGUGGGGAUCUGACCAAAGUAGUCAUACCCCCAGGGUGUUUAGCUUUUCAGACAGGCCAAGCUUUGGAGCUUAUAACUGAAGGGAAGCUGCGCGCUACACCUCACUGCGUCCGUGUUGGUUUCGGAGGACCAGAGAAGAUUUCACGAGAGACAUUUGCAUUAUUCAUGCAACCUAACACUGACCAGCAUAUAUCCGCCUCAGAAUCAUUUGGCCAAUUCAGUAAAAGAAUACUUGCAGAGCAUUAUCGACAUGAUUCUACUGGUUAGAUGGAUUACUUAACAUAUAUAUACCUGUGCCUACUAGAAAACUAUACUUCACGGAAUGGGAAAACAAUAUAUCAUAAAACUCCCGAAAUCUACUAUAAGGAGGACUUUAAGGUUGCGAAGAUGCAGAAUUCGAACGAUGGUGAGAAGAUGUCAACGAGUCUGGUAACACAGACAUGACGGCAGCUGCGAGACUAUUUCGCUUCAUCGUCAAUGACCUAUCCACUUUGCCUUCACUACGUCGAGAGCCAAAAGAUGACCGUAGAUCGUCUUGGUCAGAUAUUACGCUCCAAUCUUCACUCGGUGCUCCACGAGCAGACCCGCCAGAACUAUAUCUAGACCUGGAACGGCGUCGGUCGAGCGUCGAGUGGGAGGAGGAUGGUCGGGUAUCUUGCACCGUGGUAUCUUCCGUGUUCGCCUCGUUUUCUGAAGUGUCUUCGACGGCAGUCCGCUUAAUUAACGAGCGUGCAUACUCUAAAUCGCGAUAGAUAGCUUCUACAGCAGUGGCUACUCCGUUUUCCUAUGGACAAACCCGUUUGUAAAUGCAAUUUAUCCC